AUGGUGUACAAGCUGCGCCGCUACCUCAUCUCGGCGGCCGCUGCCCUGGUGGCCAUGCAGAUGCAACAGGUAUCGUGCACGUCGCUCUUCUAUGACCCUGUGACUUCGGCCAACACCACGGACGAGAUCAGCAGCAAAUUCCCGGCUCGUGGCGGACAAGUCACCGACCAGGACUGCGCCAUCACUGUGGAGGUUGACCCCACGCUACCCGAUAUCACUACCAUCUCGACUGUAACUGUGACCUACACGGAGCUACUGGCCAACACCAGCACGGCCCCUACCGAGGCCGUCUCCACUUUGGUGGGCAAGGCGGUCCUGUGCGAGACCAUCCCAGCUACAGACGCUAACCAGGAUGCGUACACGACGACAACCACCACUUCCACCUCGACGUCCACCACGCAGUCGACCCAGUCGUCCACCACGUCGUCCUCGGGGGGUAAGACGACGCACACCAAAAGCGGCACAACCGUUUCUCAGACGUCCACUUCGACGUCUACCACAACGUCCACCAAGACGGGUAUCAACAUCAACCCGUCCGCUUCCAGCAGUGUCGCUGGUUCUUCGGCCGAGGAGACCACGUCGACCACGAAGACAGGUGUCACAACAGCUCCUUCCACGUCGUCAAGUAGUAUGGCUGGGUCUUUGGCUGAAGAAACUAACCUGACUAUCUCACCGUCCACCAAGACCGGUGUCACGACUGCCCCUACCACUUCGACCAGCGUUGCUGGAUCGUCCAAUGUUGAAACCACCGCUACUGCCUCGCCUCCCAAGACUGGCGUGACGACUACGACUGCAGCUCCGAGUGCUGAUGAGACUUCCUCCUCCACAAACAUUGAAGUUACAACGGCGCCGACAGCUCCUUCCACGUCAUACAGCAGCGUGGCUGGUUCCUCGACGGAGGACGCUAAAUCGACCUCCGCACCGUCAACCAAGACGGGGGUCACGUCGGCACCGACUACUUCGCUCGACGUUGCUGGUUCAUCCGAUGUCGAGACAAGCGCCACGGCCUCGCCGACCAAAACUGGCGUAGUCACCCCGCCCACUGCCCCAAGCGUGGAUGACGCCUCUAAGGAGGAACCCAACUGCGCCACUGGCUGGGAAGAAGAAAGCAGUCGCAAGUUGCGUCACUCGCCCAUGUCCGGCCGCAGACUAGAGGAGAAGUUCGAGAAGAAACGUCAGCUCGAGGCCAACACCAACAAAGACAUCGCCAAGCUGGAGGCCUACUUCGGUACGUCCAUGGAGUCGACUCUCGCCCAUCUGCCCACCGUGGGUGUCCACACUCCGUCGCCGUGGCCCGGUCCGUACUGGCCCACGUACCAGGACAGUAUCAACGUUAUCUGGAGUGCCGGCGAACCGAGUCCCGCCGAAAAAUACGCCACGGCCUUCGGCCUGGACGUGGACGACUUCAUGAACAAGGUAUCGGCUGACAACGGUGUCGAUUCGAUGAGCAGCCGCACGGUUUGCUCUUCCGACAGUGACUGCUCGUCGCUCACGGACGGCAGCUCGUGCGCCAUCCGUGCGGGUAAAAGUUCUGGCUACUGUAUUCCUACCUGGUUCGGCAUCUGCCACGCGUGGGCACCUGCUGCCAUGAUCGAGGAAGAACCAAAGUGUGCAGUGACGCACAACGGAGUGACGUUCCAGCCUAUGGACCUUAAGGCAUUGAUCUCGGACGUCUACGAUGGCGCAUCGGUAUCGACGGUGUUCACCGGCACCCGCUUCAAUGGCGGCACCGACUCGACGGACGAGUACGGCCGUCACUCGAGUGAUGCGUACCGUGACUUGAACCCUGCGUACUUCCACAUUGCCGCGUCCAAUUUGCUCGGUAAACUGAACGCCACCUUCGUCGCUGAUGUCACGGCCGGUGCGGAGGUUUGGAACCAGCCGGUACGUGGAUUCAAGGUGUACGAGCAGACGGAGAUGACUCUGGAGGAGGCAGCGCAGACAUUCUACGGCCUUGAGGAGUAUCCGUGGAACGCUGCAGCCAAGAGCAUCGUGUACGUCAAGACGCGUUUGUCGUGGAUCUUCGAGACAUACACGGAUGGCGGUCUAGUGUCUUCGGGAAAAGGUGGACUCGUACACGACAGGUGCCUACUACACGUACCUGCUGGAGAUGGACGACGACGGAGCAAUCAUCGGCGCAUCGGUUUGAGCUACGGUGAUGUGGCGAUGCUUCUCGAGAAGUCUGUGGCUUGCACGGGCUCAUCAUCGGGCUCGGUAGACGCCGGCUCGUCGGUCUCUGCUUCGGCUUCAGCGUCCGCUUCGACCUUGGGCUCGGUUGGCGCCUCAACCUCCGGCUCGACUGCUUCUUUGAGCCUCCCCGGCUCGGACUCGACGGGUUCGGCUCCGUUCACUAGCUCUGGUACGUCGAGCACGGGUAGCGAGGAUGCCGCUACGGUCGUCCCUGUGACCGAGGCUCCCGUCGCCACCGAGACCCCGGUUGCUACACAAACUAGCACUGACACUUCCACGACGACUCCGGUCUCGACCACGGCCACCCCCGCCACCACGACGGCUACUCCAUCGAGCAACCAGGGCAGCAACCCGUAUUGGAACGGCAACGGGGGCAACCAGGGCAGCAACCAGCACUGGAGCGGCCACUGGGGCGACAAUGACAGCGACGAUAGCCAGCAGGACCACAGCUGGCUAUCGUGGCUUCACUGGUGA